AUGCCGAACGACUUCUUCAAUAAUUCCAUGCAUUUGUGUACUUCUUCCCGCUCAGCAACGCAAGCAACAAUCGGUGAGUACGCGCUUGCGACAAUGUCCAUGUAUGACCACUCCUCGGGCACAAUCCUCUCUCUGACCCCCCGUGCACUCUCCUUCCCCGCCUACCAUCCUAUGCUUGACAUCACCCUUGAUGGGCCCACGCCGUGUGCAUUUAUAUUCCCCAGUGCUCCACCGCUCACCUCUCCGGAGCCGAGUCCGCCCGCACCACCCACUUCAUCCUCUCCCUUCGAGCCAGAACGUCCCAGAGAUACACCUUCGAAGUCAUCCCCAACUAUUACUGAGUCCACUGCAUCUCUGAUUCCCAAAUUAGCUCGCUCAACACUCCGGAUUUCCAACCCAGGUGACCCACCGACACUUGCUGCACACUGUCGCAGCGCAGCCUCAAUCACCACAACCUGCUCGACCUCAAUUCACACACGCUCGCAAUUCAACUUGCAGGGACCGAGCGACAACCAAAACAUGGUGACGAAGACUAUGUCGAACGGCCUGAGAAUGCAUUCAUCCUUUUCCAACACAAAUCCCACUCGCAGAAGAAUGAGACAGAGGCAGCUAGUGGUGCAGGGGUUGGGACUGUAG